AUGAUACCGCGGUUGUUGCCGCGGCCGUCGAUUCUUUGCCCCCGGUGCCGUUUCUGGGAAGCUCACGACGGCGCGCGCGCGCCAUGGCUUCCUCAACGACCAAGCGCGUCGGCACGCGCUCGACCUUUUCGAGCAGCAGCCCCAGCUCCCCUUGGCCGCAAACAGAUGCCCGGAAAGAAAGCUGCCUCCGACGCGGCUCAGCCGAAAGAAAAUCGCGAUCCGCUCGAGUCGAUGGGGGUGGACAAGUCGGCGGCGGAGCAGCGCAAGGCCGACUGGGCCAUCAUCAGGGAAAUGACCCGCUACCUCUGGCCAAAGGACAGCCUCGGCACCAAGUUGCGCGUGGGCGCGGCGGUGUCGCUGCUCCUCGGAGCCAAGCUGCUCAACGUCCAGGUGCCGUUUUAUUUCAAGAGCAUCGUGGACUCGAUGAAUAUUGACUUCGCGGCCGUCGGCGGGACCGCCGCCGCGGCCGCGGGAAGCGUCAUCGUAGCGUAUGGCGCCGCGAGAAUAGGCGCCACCGUCUUCCAGGAGCUCCGAAACGCAGUGUUUGCGUCCGUCGCGCAAAAGGCCAUUCGGCGCGUGGCGCGCAACGUCUUCGACCAUCUGCUGCGGCUCGACCUGAGCUUCCAUCUUUCCAAGCAGACGGGCGGCCUGACCAGGGCCAUCGACAGGGGCACCAAAGGCAUCAGCUUCCUGCUGACCAGCAUGGUGUUCCACAUCAUACCGACGGCGCUGGAGAUCGGCCUGGUGUGCGGUAUCCUGACGUGGCAGUACGGCGCCAAGUUCGCCGCCAUCACCGCCCUGACAAUGGUCGGCUACACUGCCUUUACCAUCUGGACGACGGCUUGGCGCACAAAGUUUCGGAGGCAGGCCAACGCCGCCGACAACAGGGCCUCGACGGUGGCCGUGGACUCCCUCAUCAACUACGAGGCCGUCAAGCACUUCAACAACGAGAGGUUCGAGGUGGCCCGCUACGACAAGGCGCUGCGGGACUACGAGAGGAGCUCCAUCAAGGUGGCCACGUCGCUCGCGCUGCUCAACAGCGGGCAGAACAUCAUAUUCUCGUCGGCCCUGACCGCCAUGAUGUAUCUGGCGGCCGACGGGGUCGCCGCCGGAUCCCUGACGGUCGGCGACCUCGUCAUGGUCAACCAGCUCGUCUUCCAGCUCUCGGUCCCCCUCAACUUCCUCGGCUCCGUGUAUCGGGAGCUGCGCCAGUCGCUGCUCGACAUGGAGACGCUCUUCAGCCUGCAAAAGGUGAACGUCAGCAUCGCGGACAAGCCAGACGCCCGGCCGCUGGCCCUCACGCGCGGGGGGGAAAUCAAGUUUGAAGACGUCACGUUUGGCUACCACCCCGCCCGGCCCAUCCUGAGGAACAUGUCCCUGACCAUCCCGGCCGGCAAGAAGGUUGCCAUUGUCGGACCCAGCGGCUGCGGCAAGUCGACGCUGCUGCGGCUCCUCUUCCGCUCGUACGACGUGCAGGGCGGCCGCAUCACGAUUGACGACCAGGACAUCCGCGACGUCAGCGUGGACUCGCUCCGGAGGUCAAUCGGCGUGGUGCCCCAGGACACCCCGCUGUUCAACGACACCGUCGAGCACAACAUCCGCUACGGGCUCGUCGACGCGCCCCUCGAGGACGUCGUCGCGGCCGCGAAACGCGCGCGCAUCCACGACACCAUCGAGCGCUUUCCCGACGGCUACGGCACCAAGGUCGGCGAGCGGGGCUUGAUGAUCUCUGGUGGCGAGAAGCAGCGCCUCGCGGUGAGCAGGCUGCUGCUCAAGGACCCGCCGCUGCUGUUCUUUGACGAAGCCACCAGCGCGUUGGACACGCACACGGAGCAGGCGCUCAUGAGCAACAUCAACGGCAUUCUAAGGGAAAAGGGCCGCACCAGCGUCUUUGUCGCCCACCGCCUGCGAACCAUUUUCGACUCGGAUCUCAUCAUCGUGCUCAAGGAGGGGAAGGUGGCCGAGAUGGGCACGCACCGAGAGCUGAUUGACCGGGCGGGCGUUUAUUCGGAGCUGUGGAGCGCCCAGGAAAUGCUCUUCAACGACCGCGGCGCAGAGGAGCCUGGUGCGCACAGGGAGAGAAAAGACGACGGCGGAGGAAGAAUGUAG